AUGAGAGAACGCCAGGUUAGAGAGCUCAGGACAGAAGCAGAGCAUAUGUUUUUUCACGGAUUUGAUAAUUAUAUGAAAUAUGCAUUCCCAGAGGACGAACUACGCCCAUUGUCUUGUGGCCCGUUGACACGCGACCGGGAGAACCCAGCUCACAUUGAGUUGAACGACGUCUUGGGCAACUACUCUCUCACCCUUGUUGAUAGUCUGUCGACUUUGGCGAUAUUAUCAGAUGCCACGUCGAAAUCUCAAAGUGGGUGGAAGGCAUGGGAAUACUUUCAGAAUGGAGUCAAGACUCUCGUUGAGCUGUACGGUGACGGUUCAAGCGGCGCUGCAGGCACUGGCUCUAGGGGGAAAGGCUUUGAGUUUGACAGCAAGGUUCAAGUAUUUGAGACGGUUAUUCGGGGAGUAGGAGGCCUGCUCAGCGCUCAUCUUUUUGCUGUUGGUGAACUACCUAUUCGCGGGUAUACACCCACAGCAUCCGAAGCUUCUUUUGCGAAAGUGUGGGACAAGAAAGGGUAUUCCUCGGACUCGCCCGGCAUCCGCUGGAAUAAUGGUUUUGUGUAUAAUGGCCAAUUACUUAGGCUUGCUCUGGAUUUAGGCACGCGGUUACUUCCUGCAUUUUACACACCAACGGGUCUCCCAUAUCCGCGAGUGAACUUGCGUGACGGCGUACCGUUUUAUCCCAAGUCACCUCUAAAUGCGAAUACAACAAAAACCGAUACACUUGAUUCCGAAAAAUCACCACCACGGGAAAUUACUGAGACUUGCAGCGCUGGCGCUGGAAGUUUAGUUUUAGAAUUUGCAGUUCUCAGCCGACUUACAGGAGACGGCCGUUUUGAGGAAUUUGCAAAAAGAGCUUUUUGGUCUGUUUGGAUGAGGCGAAGUGAAAUCGGCUUGAUUGGAGCUGGAAUUGACGCAGAGUCGGGAAAAUGGGUUAAUUCUUAUACAGGGAUCGGUGCUGGCAUCGACAGUUUUUUUGAAUAUGCCUUAAAGUCUCAUAUUCUAUUAUCAGAAGGACAACCGCCAAGAUCCAACAAAAGCAGUCCAUUUCAUGCAUUGGAUGGUCACUUUGUUCCCCUUCCAGAGGAAGUACAUUCUUCUGACGCGUUCCUCAAAGCCUGGCAGCAGGCGCGAAGCUCUAUCAAGCACCAUCUCUAUCGUGGCUCUAGCUAUCAGUACCCUCAUUAUAUCCAAGGAGACAUACUCACAGGUGCCACACGUGCUUUCUGGAUGGACAGCUUAAGUGCCUAUUUCCCUGGAUUAUUGACGCUAUCUGGUAAUGUCAAGGAAGCCGCAGAGACCCACCUUUUGACGGCAGCGCUUUGGACCCGAUUUUCAGCAUUGCCUGAAAGAUGGAAUGUUGCAACCGGAGACAUUGAGGGCGGCCUAACUUGGUGGGGCGGGAGACCGGAGUUCAUUGAAUCAACUUACUACCUCUAUCAAGCCACAAAAGACCCUUGGUAUCUUCAUGUUGGAGAAAUGGUCUUGAGAGACAUCAAACGAAGAUGCUGGACUAAAUGCGGAUGGGCGGGUAUCCAAGAUGUUCGAAACGGGGAGCUGAGCGAUAGAAUGGAGAGCUUUUUCCUUGGGGAGACUGCUAAAUACCUCUAUUUGUUGUUCGAACCCUCCCAUCCUCUAAAUCAUUUGGAUGCACCAUUUGUAUUUACUACGGAAGGCCAUCCUCUUAUUAUCCCACGGUCUGCAAACCAUGACGCUCCCUUCAGAAUAAAGCCUGGAAAGAUAAAUGAGACACGUCUUGCAGCGAUAGAGACGUGCCCUCGGCCGUCCCCGCUUCUUCCGUUCGGAUUGUCAUCAGUUGCAGCGCGAUCGGAUCUAUUCCAUGCAGCAAGCUUGGCUAAGUUGCAGCUUAUUCCGCCAAAAGGGCAAGGCGAGUCGGCUAUUGUUGAAUACUCAGAGGACCACCCGAGUGUAUCUUUAGCAGACCUCGUCUCCCCUUCAAAUUACACCUAUUUUCCAUGGACCCUACCUACCGAAGUCGUGCCCCCCAAUGCAACGAGUGCCCCCAUGGCAAGGAGACCGACCCUUGACCUAUCUUUCCCUCCUAUGCCAAAUUCGGUUCUUAGUUCUUCUUCGCUAGAGCGUGUGGAAGAUGGCAUUUUGAUCAAAGCUCUGGGGGGUUUGCGACUAGGCAUGAUUCAAGAUGUGCCUCUAUAUGCGGAAGGGUCAUCUUCGGUGUUUGAUGGGUACCGUAUUCAAGUGAUCAACAACAUACCACUAGGAAAAGAUGAAAGAGUGUAUGUUUCUCGCGAGAGUGCAAGUGCCUUGGAGCCCACAGACCCAAAUUUUACGCAAGUUGAAGAUUUGACGAUGCUAGAUAUCGUUAUUGAUGUCAAACCAGACCAUUUUCCGACAAACGCGUCCUCGUCAGUGACAGCCGCCAGCCACCAAAGUACGACUGCCAGCGUGCUAGGUGAAUCUCACCGGCCGAUUGAAGAUGGCUCUAACAUGAGACUCGCCUUUUCAUCGUUCAUGAGUCAAGUUACUUCGCUCUUACGCGACGAAGUCCGGUCUUCUACGCCUGGCUCCACGCUAUUCAGUCGUUCCGUAUCGCGACUCUCGAUUCCAGCAACAACGUCGACUGGUAAAGGAGCAGUGCCGCUUCCUGAUAGUGAAGAGGCAACAUUCCCAGCUCCAUGGACGACACAUAAGCAGACAACUCAACGCUUGCCGUGGUCGGGCAUUUAUAUUGCAGAUGAGCUCUGCGAUGCCCCGUUGUCAUCGUCUGUCCCACGCACUCACCAGGUCAUCGUGCUAAAACGGGGUAAUUGUAGUUUCUCCCAGAAGUUAAGGAGGAUCCCCGCCUUCCGGCCGACACGGUCGUCCCUCCAGCUCGUUAUUGUUGUUUCCUACCCGGAGACUGGGGAUAGCAACUCGGAUAGCUACUCUGGCACACAGGCGAAAGGUUCCACAAAAUCUCCAAAAGAAAAGAUAUCACCUUUUUCAUCUCAUAUUAUCGAGAUUGAAAAUGAAUCUCUGCUCGUUCGACCAUUACUGGACGAGAUACAGGUUGUUGGGGCCGGAGUCCCACGUCCACGCCCAAUUAGUAUGGUGAUGGUGGGCGGGGGUGACCGCACGUAUGAUUACUUUAGACAUGCACUCGGUGUGGGAAUCAGAAGACGAUAUGAAAUGAAAUCGCAGGGCGUCCCGAUUACCAACCUGCUUGUUGUUUAG